AUGGGCCUGAGAAGCACAGUCCUGCACAACUCUGCAGCCUUCACCCCCGCAGACAGACUGUCCGUUGCCCCAUCUCCUCAGCUCCACCUGGGAGUGAUUAGAGGGCCAGCCGUGAGCAAACAAGCCCCAUAUGGAGUGACUAUAGUGGGGCAGCGGCACAGCCCGGGGUGCCCUCCUCCUCCGGCUCUUUGGACAGAAGAGGCUUGA